CGCAAGAAAUGCAGCAAAUGCACCGUAUUCCAAUGCAUGCUACGAAUACAAAUCGAUACGAUCCUCAUUUAUUCUCAAUUCUUUGGUCGAUCUCUUCUCUGUCGGAAGGAAGGUUUGGUCACUCAUUUUAUGCUGCGAGAGAUGAGAGUGAGUUCGUCUUACCCAGGCAAGAGAGAUCAUAAGAUCGAGAGAGAGAGAGACUCUCACUGCAUGAUCAUUCCUAAUGCAUGAGUGGUACGGCCCUUGAGCAUAAAAAGGGACACCCAGCAUAAAUGAGAAACACUUUGACGAUCGCUUCCAACCAGUGCACACAGCUCAGCAUCUGCUUACAUUUGGUGAAGAUCGUUUUUGGUGUGAUUGCGAAUAGUGAAACAACUGCUACGAACAUGGUGUCAGUGACGGCGUGUGUUGUGAUUGUGACGAUGGCUUGUGUUUUGGCGCCAUCCGUUGUUGGAGGUGCCGCUGCCUACUGUCCGAGCCGGUGUGUGUGUGAUGAUGUGAAGCUGCACGUUACCUGCGGUGAAGGUGAACUGGAUGUGCUUCCGAUCGCGCUUAAUCCCGCCAUCGAGCGGCUUGUGAUCAAGUUCAAUCGCAUUAAAGCGAUCGAUUCGUCGAUUCAGUUCUACAGCGAUCUGACCAUGCUGGAUCUGAGCUACAACCAUCUGUUGGGCAUUCCGAAGAGCAUCUUCAUGUACCAGAAGCGGCUGCUUCAACUACACCUGAACAACAACAAGAUCUCAUCGAUCGGGAACAAAACGUUCGCCGGCAUGGACGAACUGCGUGUGCUUAAUCUGCGCGGGAAUUUUAUCGAGGAAGUGACGAAAGGUUUGUUCCGUGCGCUGCCCAAACUGGAAGAGUUAAAUUUGGGCGAAAAUCAGAUUGCCUCGCUGCAUCCGGAAGCAUUCGAGGGACUUACGCGCUUGCGCAUACUGCAUCUGGACGACAAUGCGAUCAAUGUGAUUCCAACACCUUCUUUUACACCGUUACGUUUGCUGGCUGAGCUGUAUCUUGGCCUAAACACACUGAACCAGAUACAACCCGGUUCGUUCGAGGGUCUGCAGCAUCUGCGCCGGCUGGAUGUGCGCGGUUCAAUGCUAGUGAAUCUUACGAUCGAUACAUUUCGUGGUCUGGAGAACGUACGAUCCUUGGACGUAUCCGAUAAUCAUCUGCUGAAGGUACCUACCGUAGCGUUGAGCAUUCUUACACGGCUUGAGGAACUUUCAAUCGGACAGAACGAUUUCGAAGUAAUCCCGGAGGGAGCAUUCUUCGGACUUUCUAACCUACGCAAAGUGUCCAUCUCCGGGGCGCUCAACUUGCAGCGCAUCCAGUCCGGUGCAUUCGCUUCCAACACCAACCUGGACACGAUCGUGAUCGCUUCGAACCGUAUGCUGGCGGAGCUGGAUGAAGGGGCUUUCUCCGGGUUGCCCCACAUCGAGAACGUUAUUCUGCGCGACAACGCAAUCCGGACGUUCCGCGAAGAGCUGUUACCGUGGAAACAGCUGCGCAAUUUCGAUAUCUCUGGCAAUCCGCUCGUCUGCAACUGUCACAUGCGCUGGAUGAAGGAUCUGUUGCGCGAGAAACUCAUCGAAACGGAACAGAGCCGGGUAAUCUGUCAGUAUCCGGAACGGUUCGCUGGUGAAACAUUGCGUGAAAUCAGUCCGGAGCUGUUGGGGUGCCAUCAGCGUCAAUCGAAGGAACGUGCCGUGGUCGGAGUGGUACUGGUGGCAUCUGCCGCGUCGCUAACGACCUUCAUCCUGGUGGCGUACCGGUUGCGCCACCGAUUGGUCGAUGUACUUGGACCGAACUGGCAUAACAAGCGCAACUCGCUGAAGGAGGAAAAAGAUCUUGAGUUUGUGAAAUCCUUCCCGGAGAUUGAGUACCAUCAGCCGAACUUUAACAUCUACACCUGUAACUAUCAGCAGAUGUACCAUCAGAAGCCACCGUGCCCACCACAGUUCCAGCACCACAUCUACGAAACGCCCAUCCCUGUAUCCGAUCUAUAAACGGGUCUGAAGAAACGAUUCAGGGGUUAAACAAUUAAUACAGCCACCGGGGAUCAGCUGUGGGACCAAAGGAGUUGAACAGUUCAAAUGGAGCAUCUGAUGGCCCAAGGUAAUCGUAGGAGCAUGUGGUUCAGAUUACCGAAAGAUGGUUCAUGCUGGAACUCACGUACCGGCAAAGGAUUCGCGUGAAGUGUAACUGCUUGUUCUACUGGGUUGCCAAGAAAAAAUGGUCAACGGGAAACAUAGCGCAAAAAGGAAGCGAGUUUCAUUUUUGUCCACCACAGUUUGUGACGCGCAAAGUGGAACAAUGCGUACCAACGGGAAUCGCGGCAAUUGCGGAUUAAAAUAAACGAGUUCAUUAAAUUGCUUUCGAAAAUAAAAAGGAAUGUAAAGAGAUGAAACAAUCAUAAAACUUCUUGCCUUCUUGCUGUUAGGUCGGGUUGAUGUGUUCCGAAAAGUUUGUCCACUGGGUUCUGGCACAAAUGGCGGGGUCAAGUUCAUGCCGUACCACUUGGACUAGCAACCCCGCAGAGAUGACUGUGGUAUCCCUUUUUUUAGUUCUACUCCCAGAAGAUUUUAAUCGGUUCCUUCCAGUUCUUCCUUGCGCUAGUGUUGGUAAUUCCUUCUCUGAUCGUGAGAUUUCUUUUUUUUUGCUUUCGUUAAGAUACCGUUUUCCCUCCAUUCCGCUAUCACUCACACAAAGUUCGUCAGGGUCGACAAUUCUUUCCAUUCGACAUCAUUAUUGGGACAAGAUUUAUGCUAUGGAGAGAUAAAAAAGGAGCAAAGGAUGGAAGAGUCUGAUCGGGUGAUGAUGCGUCGUUCAUGAACCUUUCACUCACUCUACUCGAUCGUUCCACGUUACUUCUUUCUUUUCCAUUUUGUCUGCGGGAUCUUCAUCAACGUACUCUUCGUACGGACUUCGGCUGUGGUACACUUGCAUUUCUGCUGUUCCAGAAGUUGCACGUGCACUUGAGUUUUGUAGAAUUUCUCUUUCGUUUUCUGCUAUUUUGCUUCGUACGCCUCACUACAGGCUGUUCGUAAAGGGAAGCAGAAAGGUUGCUGUGGCCGCUGGCUUUGGGAACAUUUACUCUUUCUUUCUUCUUUUUGCUGUAUAUCUCUACCAAACCCUCGUGGGCAUGUGAAACGUAUUCGAAAAGCGAAGAUUUUGCUCAGAAAAUUCUUCUUACAAGACAUCCGUACGCUGUUACGAGCUUUGAUUCCGUACUAUGAACAACCUGCACCACUAUUCGGAUACUGACCAUAAGAUUACAAACAUUGGGCUUAAGCGAAUUCUGGUGACAAAAUAAACUGGCAAACCAACAAAACACUGGCACAGGAAUUGCCAUGAAGAUCCUCUUUUCCUUAAGGGUGCGUGGGAACGGUUUUCAUCGUGAAAAGAAAUGGAUAAAAAUAAUAGGAUGAAAGACGGAAAAUAGAGCUAAUAGCUGUUUCGGAAUGACCGAAAAUUGUCCACCGACCAAAACGACCAGUGACCAUGAGCUGGACGUAAAGCACAUCAUUAGUAGAACCGUCCGAUAGUGUGGGCUGCACCAGCAGAGCGACUCCUCGUACAUGGCUCGGAGAUCGGUGGGAAUUUGACACCAUGGACAAACGAACGGACACCAUCUCAGGCUAGUGCUGAUGUGCCGACACAACAAGGAUAAUAUUUCAUUAUUCUUGCUAAAUGGGAAAUGUCCUUGCUGUGUGUGUGUGGAACGGGAAAACGAUGACGCUGAGGAUGACUGGGACGUUUUUUUCCCUCUCUAUUUCGGUACGUCUUGUCCCGUACGUUUGGCAAUGCGUGUGAAAUAAACAGUCGUUUCUCGACAUUGUACAGUAGAAAUUCGGAGGGAAUCAGAUUCAAACAAGUGCAUGGUUUGAUGUUUAUUGUAUGGUGUUUAGUUUCGCAUCUUUGUGCAUUAAAUUGUAUGUGCAUGGGCAUGGUUUUGUUACAAGGAUUGUAUGACAAAUUGAGAUUUGUUGAGCAAUGGUGUUUUGGGAUAAUUUGAUGUAUUAUAUUGCAAAAAAAACCAAUUUUGUAACAAAAUUUAUUACCAAAAAAAACAUGUUUCAGAAACUGGUAGUCGGACAUAAAUCUCACACGUCUUAUGCUUUAUGUCAUGUAAGAUUAGAAU